UCGGGCAUGCCCGGGCAGCGACGGGAGGAGCGGACCUGUCAGGAAGUUUACCGCUGAGGCGUCGGAUGGAUGAUGAGGAGGAGGAUAUGUCACAGCCCAUCUCGCAACUGUGGGGAACUCCCUUUAGGGGUGUCAAACACGAAGACCGAGUCGCACAGAUCGCAGCCGGACAGGCCCUCGCCGCCGUCACCGCCGCCAUGUCCACGUCGCAGAGCCACAGCAACAACAGCGUCAACACGCUGCCCUGCAGCUUACAACGGCAGCCUUGCCUACCGUUUCACGGCUACGCCGGAUUGCGUUUGCAUUUUCCCGUUCACUUUGAGCCCAUGGAAGACCGGGGAGAUAUUGAAGAGGAGGAGGAAGAGGACAGAGGGGAAGACAUUGACAGCGUGGCAGAGAGACCCGAGGAGCUGAGUGUUGAGGUGCAAGUUGGUCGUAAACUGCGGGAAAUUGGAGACAAGUUCCAACAGGAUCACGUUGAACUGUUUAUGAGGCACCACAGACAAAACCGGCCUUUUUGGAUGCGCCUUACCAUGGCCCUGUUUGGCUUUUUGUUUCCAAGAGAGGCUGUCAUUCCCCAUCUGAGAGGGGAGCACAGAUGAAGGGACUUCUUACUGGCCCUCACCUCAGCCCCUUACGUUCCGAACAGGAAAUGAGGGACUGGACUGGACGGCACUGUAAGAUGGAACACGGGUUUGGAUUUUUGUUUUCUAGUAGAAAACGAUGAGAUGAAGAAGACACUGGUCACCGCUGGACGGAGACUGAUCAAUUUUUUUCUUGCUUUUGUUUGUUUGUUUGUUUUUUGCCUCUCCGAGAAGAAGCCAUUCUGUUUGAAGAGAUAUUUUCGAAAUAUUUGUAAGAUUACCUAUUUUGUACAGUAAACAGCUCUUUUAUUUGGUGUUUAAAGUCUUGAAGGACCUCCAUCAGUCCAGGGAAUGCCUUAUUCUCUCCUGCCACAGCGCAUAGUCUUUUGCAUCAAGUAAAUCAUUAAAAAAAUGAUUACAUUUAAGAUUAGGCCACUAUGAUGGUGACAGACUGUGGACGUGGACAUUUCUGUGUGCUAAAGAUACUGACUUUCAACCUUGAGGACUCAAGGCACAUUUUUUGUUUAUCCUCCCAAAAUAACUUCUCAUCCUUUUAGUGUUCCACAUCGGCUAAUUAAAAAAAAAAAAAAAGGUUGUUGUGACAUUGUGGCAAUUUAUCACUGCGAUGUCGGUCAGCUCAGAUUCAAAUUUGUAGAUAUAGGAUGCUAUAAAAACCUGUCUUUCACUGACAUCAUCUGCAUCUCGAGUACCACGAGGGGCGUAACGGUACACAGAAACUUGGUGUUGUAGACACAGAUUGAUUGAUCGUCAUUCAUUUAAACAAAUCAUGAAAGGAAACAGUGCAAUUUCAUUUGACAGAGCUAUUGAAUUUGAGAAGACAUCAGUUGAUUGGCUGUGCAACACAAACUCAACAUGUAGUGAGAGUUAACACAACAUUAAUCCUGCAUAAUAAUAUUGCCACAGUGCUUGGCUCAUUUCAAGGCUAACCGUGUUAGCAUGCUUUAGCUACUGGACUAAACGGAGUGCAGCGUUGAGUGCAGCUUGCUUGAAAAGUGUGCAGACAAACAUCAGAGAGCACACCAAACCGAAGAACUUUCAUGCUGAAGGAACACUUGCAGAACGGUAUCGUUACACGCCUGAGUACCACUCAAGCUGGAGGUGACGACAAAAACUGUGGAGAUUCAGACACUGUUUUUGUAACGCAUGUAUACUUGAAUUUAGGUGUACUAGAAAAUAUUUCAAGACCUGACAUAGUGACGGUGAUUACGAUUUCUGUUUGUGAUGCGUGUCGAAACCAAAUGAGCACAAACAAAGUCAAACAAAUCUCACUCAUGGGAUUAUGAUCAGGGAAACGGAAACAAUCAGACAGCGGAGAAGCUUUGGGGGAAAAAAAAUCAUCAUUCCCCCCCCAAAAAAAGGAUUCCAGGUUGUAUUUCUCUGGCUGGGUUGACAAUCUGAGUUUUUACCCUUUGCUCCAUCGCUUUGGGAGUAUUUUAAAGGGUGAGCAAUAUUCAAGCCAGUGGACACAGUAACCGUCUUUAAGUUUUCAGCUGUCAAUAAUGAGCAGUAUUUGCAGUCAGACUUCCCCUGAACAUGCCGCUUUGCAAACUUCUUUGUUACAGAAACAUUUUGGGGUUACGUUAAAGAGAUGCAUUUUUAUUUUAUUUCACUCCAGGUGCACCUGAUGUGCUAAUACGCAUUAUAUCUCUGUCAGUGGUACAUUCAGCUUCACUUAGUAGGAACAGCUUCUGUACAGUUUAAGAACCAUUUUUAGUAGCGCGAGAGACGCAUCUGGGGGCAGGGCAAGCGCUACACAUCCUCACUUAACACCUGCUACUUUAGUGACACAUUUUACAGCAAUGCAACCACUGUUCCGUCAAUGAAGUCUUUAAGGACUUUAAAUAUGAAGUUAAAAGGACUCAUUUGCUGUAUUUUCUCAGUCUGUUGCAGAUUCAUGAUAUAGAUUUUUGAAGACACUGUCAGAUUUUUUUUUCUUUCAUUUUUUUUCUUCAGGGAGUAGUUAAUUCUGUGACACUUGCGUUGUGCUAAAAACUUUUUUUGAACGAGGACACGGUGCCAAGAGCUCACUCACUUGAUGCCAGUUAAUCUUGAUUGAUGUCAUACUCAACACCGAACAAGCAAACUUGGUUUUCUUUAAACAUUCUCCAAAGCAGUUUUAACUCAACAUCAGCCUGUAAGUGUGUUUCAGAUUGUCAGGUUUUUGUCUUUGAUUUAAACGUUUCCUGCAAACACUGAUCGCUGAGCCAAAUCAGAUAGCCAUGACACUUUUUUUUUGGUCUUCAGUCCAAAGCUUUUUGCUGUCUUUCAUUAACUACUCCCUGCGCUUAACAAGAAAAGUUUCCUUUAGCUUUUUUGAGAGAGAGAUAAUUUAUUCUAAUUUAUUUUAUGUAUAUUUGCCCAGUGCUACUGUAUAAAUGCUAUCUCAGUGUGUACAGUCCUUUUCUUCUCAUUGUUGAGGUGCAUUCAGUUGCGUGUUUUGAUGCCUGUGUGUGGGGAGGUUGGACUAAAGCCAUGUGCCUCGUGCGUCCUCACACCAGCGGUGCGAGUCUUUACAAAUCAUGCGAAAACCAGACAAUCAAAUGUACAAAAUGUGCCUUGUGAGUAACCGACCUGCCACAUCUUCACCAUCGACACUUGGCAUAUCUCUCAAAGUCACUGGUCACAGCUCCUGUUUCACUUGGGCUCUGUGAGAUCAACUUCCAGAAAAAUAAAAUAAAAAAUAAAAAAAUCAGUUUGACUUCUCACAACAGCUUGCGAGGCACAGGCUCAACCUUUGACAUCUCUCAGCACGAACGGCGAGUUUCACCAUGCAGACCUUCUCAAUAUCAGAAACGACUGUUUGCAAUCAAUGUGCACUGUAAAAAAAACUAUUUUUAUCGGUAUACUGUAUUUCGCGCCUCUCUCUUUCUACUCCUGCGCUGAUCUUCCCCUCUAGAUGCUUGAAACUUUUUAAGAUCUGUAAAAUGCUGGAUAGGCCUAGCUUGUCUGGGUUUUUGUGCUUUUUUUUUUUUUUUUAAACAAAAACAAAUCUGCAGUCUAGUAGGGGUUUACGUUUAUAGGAGGAAUGAGCCACCAUGGUGCCCAGAAUUCUUUUGUGAGCUGGGUAGAGCAUCCACUCAGUCGGUGUGAUGUUUAUCUGAGCCUGUUGUUACCAACCACUGUUGCAACCUCGACUCACGUGAAACAUUUGUUUUAUAUGUUUGACCUUCAGUGUCUUUAAUAUCAAAAUUUUUCAAUUUAUUAAAAAAAAAUGUAUAUCCAAGAAAGAGUACAUCUUUACUGUCAAGUGCUGUGAUUUGGUGUUUUUUAUACAUUAGACAUGAUUUGACUGAGCUAUUGUUGCUAUCUUUAUAAAAAAAAGUCUAAAUUUUACCACACUUUUUUUUUUUUUUAAGAACUAGAACAAGACAACCUUUGCUUUUCUACAAAUGCUUUUUUUUUUUUUCAAUGUUGAGGCAUUUUUGAUUUUGGAUAUUGCCAAGUCUGCUCUGUCACUCUCAGUUUAAGGGCUUUUUUCGAUAAUAUGUAAAUGGAGUAAAAAUGCAUGUCCAACAUUCCUGAAAAAAAAAAUCUGUAUCCUAAGGGUUUGAAUGUAAUUUAAUGGAGUGAAAAACCACAGUAUCGCUUUUAAUACAUGAACUGAACAGUGGGACUUACUUCAGACUCCUGUGCUCGGUUCGGUGCACAGAGUUUGUGUUGUCUUUACAUUGCUUUCUUUAUGUUCAGAGUGGUCUCAAGGAUUUCACAUUCAUGUGUCCUAUGAAGUGAGACCCAGUCCAGAUGUAGCAGUUUUUGUUAAAGCAUUGGCUGUGUUAUCUUUGGGACUGCUCUGUUUCUCCUGAACAGUUUUCAAACAGUGCAGGACAUUGGUGUGAUGGAGGCACUGACGGAGGAUGGGGGAUAUUUUGUUUUGUUUUUUCUUUUUCUAGUGCAAUAUGCUGUACAUAAGAGCUUGGCUCACAAGAUCUUACGAUUUCUCUCCAUUUCUUUUGUUGUUAAAUGGGUACAU